AUGCCAUACCCAUUGUUACAACUUUUUAGUAAAAAGGCCAAGACAAAAAAGCCUCAUACAACUCUGGAAGAAAGAGUCCAAAUUCUUCUUUCUCUUCAAAAUGGACAUAUAACAAGGCAAAUAGCAAAGUCAACAAAUAUUAGCCCCUCAACAGUUUCUCAUAUUAAUAAAAGAUUGCGUGAACAACACUCACUCAAAGAUGCACCAAAACCAGGUCCAAAAAUGUAUAGAAGAAAAGAAAAUAUUAGUAUUUCGUCACCUACCAUUUGUCGUAUACUUCAUGCAAAUGGUUUACGUCAGUUAGAAUUUGCAAAAGAACAUGAACAUUGGACUAUUGAAGACUGGUCAAAGACUAUAUGGUCCGAUGAGUCUAAGAUUGAUGGCAUGAUGGAUGCCAAAUUGUAUCAACAGAUACUUCAUAAAGAUUUUAUGAAUACUAUCAAAGAUCAUGGAUUUAAUGUCAAAGAGGUCAUAUUCCAACAGGAUGGAGACCCUAAGCAUAUGGAAGAUUUAUGGAAUAAGAUACAACAGGUUUGGUUUGAAAUUGAUGUUGAAACUUGCACCAACCUAAUCCAUUCUAUUCCAGAAUGA